AUGACACUUACCAAUCCAAACCUCGAGGGAUACUCAAUUGUCCGUAACUUUUGGUUGAAAUACUAUAAUCCUUCCAAACAGACUUUCAUUGCUCCUAAGAAGUGUAGUGGAUGUUAUAACGACGAUAGAUUUGUGGUUUGGGCUGUUGCUGUUGCAGCUCAAGCUGUGGUUGAUGGAGCUAGAAUUUAUCCUGAAUUAAGACCCUUAGUGCCAACAGCUUGUCGUAUCUUUCAAAAAUAUAAAAAUAAUCAUCUUAGAGGUUUCUCAGCCGCUGAAAAUGGUGGUAAUGAUAAAGACAUUUAUUAUGAUGAUGAUGCUCAAGUUGCAAGUGCUUUCAUUACAGCUUAUGAAGUUACUGGUGAUAAGUACUUUUUAGAUCAAGGUCGUGAAUUGGUUAGAUUUUUGAUGGGUGGAUGGAAUAAUAAUCCAAAUGCCAAAACAAAAGGUGGUAUGUGCUGGCAUGUAACUAAUCAUUACUUGAAUGCCUGUACAACUGCUGAAGUUGCCAAAGUUUGUUUACAACUUUCAAAGUUUAUUCCUUCCGAAGCUAAUUAUUAUGUUGAAUUUGCUGCUAAAUGUAUUGAUUGGCAAAUUGCUGUUUUACAAGAUCCAGGAGACAAAUUGAUUAAAGAUGGAGUUCAAGAUACUUCUGAUCAAAUCAAUGAUACAAAAUGGACUUAUAAUCUUGGUACUACUUUAUCAUCUGCUGCUCAUUUAUAUCAAAUUACAAAGGAUAAAAAAUGGAAGAAGAUUGCUGAUGAUUUAGCUAAUGCUGGUAUCAAUAGAGGUGUUUUCUUUUACGAUCGUGAUUACAGUGACGAUAAACGUUAUUGGAGAGAUUCUUCCUAUUUCGUUCAAUUGUUGAUUGAAGGUCUCGCUGAUUACCUAUUAUACGUUGGUGAUGAAGAUAAUGGAGAUUUACCUCAAAGAAUUCAUGAAGAAAUCAGAAGACAUUUAGUUAUGUUUUAUGAAUACAUGAGAGAUCCUCAAGAUGGUUUAUAUCUUCAAAGUUUUGAACCUCAUUUAACUUAUAAAGAAACUUAUGAAACCAAAUAUAAACAAGAAUUUGGUGAUAGAAAGAAUUGGGAUUUAAAAGAAGAAGAUAGAGAUGAUCGUCAUCAACCACAAAAAUGUUUAAUGGGUUGCGCAGCUGCUGCAAGAGUAUUUUUCCAAGGUGCUAGAGUUGUUCCUGAAAUUCCAAAAUAA